AUGACUAGGACAACCGAGUCAAAGAAUGGCGAGCAGAAGGAAAGGAAGAAACCUGGCAGAGUUCCAUGCGAGACCUGCGUAAAACGUGGUUGUGCCGGAAUAUGUCCUAGUGGAUCAUUGACAGCAGGAAAGGGCAAUCGCCUUGUUCUCGCGAACACAGAGGAGUUACACAACAAAAUUGAAGUCAUGUCAGUGCGCAUACGUGAACUUGAGGAAACGCUUCGCCAAAUGCACUCUGAAGCAUCUGAUCUACCGCACCCGCUGCUGUCAGACACCAUUACAGCCAUUUCAAAUGACAGUCCGGAAUCCAGCUCAAGCAGCGACUUUCCAGAACGACGGCCCCAAUCUUCGAACAAGGCUGAUGCUGAUUCUGUCAUAGAUGCAUUUGGCACGCUCACCAUUGGCACUCGUGGAGAAACUAUUUUUAUGGGCGGCACUGCCCGUUCAGAACCGCCUCUGAAACAACAACCAAAGCCUCCUUUUUCUGAAACAUUUCCCCGACUUUCGAAACAGAUCCUCGAUGCUUGGUUGCCUGGUUCUGACAGUGUCCCGUUUGAUAAUGGCCUUUGGAAACCUGUUUAUUCAUAUCUGCCUCCAUUAUCGGAGGCGGUCCGCCUUAGCGAGAUUUACCUUGAAUGGGGUAAAGUCUUGUGGACUCCCCUGACACGAUCGGAGCUUUUCGAUAAUAUACUUGGAAGUGUUUAUCGUGCAAAGUCAUACUUGUUCAUCGGAUUAGCUGUAAAACUUGGCUAUAGGGUUCAUCUUUCCAGUGCCAGGUGGAAGCUCAGCGAUGCUGUUGCUCAAAAACGUAGUUCCGUCUUUUGGCAAAUGUUCAUGUUGGACACCUGGAUUAGCUUCUACGCCGGCCGCCCACCGAACGUCUCUCCCGAUUGGAUCGACACUCCGUACCCAAAUGAUGAUUUUGCGGUAGUUAACGAUAAAGGGGAAAAAGAGAUGAGUGGGCACAUGUGGUCGUGGCAAUUUUCGCGGCUCCUGCACCACGUCAUGGUCACUGCAUUUGGAGCUAAAACACCCACCUACAGCACCAUUCUCGAACUCGAUCGAAAGAUUCGCGAUUUCCCUGUCCCACCUCAUCUACAGCCCCGCUGUGAUGGAAACGGAACUCUCCCAAAUGCCGCUAUCCUCACGCAAGUCCAGAUGUCCAUUCUACUUACAAAUAAAGAAACUACGUUGUUAAAUAUCCAUCGACGAUACUUUACACAAGCUUUGGAGGACCAGCCCAGUGACCUCCUGAAGCAUAAGUAUGGCCCCUCGGUCAUGGCGAUGUAUCGCUCUGCGUGGCGAGUGAUAGAAGGUCACUCGCAUGCAGUUAGGAGGAUUCCCCAAGCGAUUGAGCGGUUGGGUCUUUUCUGGUCACACGCUUUGUCCGCCGCUAUCGUCAUGUGCAUGAUCGUCAACCGUGCUCCUCAAUCAAACAUAGCGUCUUCUUCAUUGCGCGAGCUGGAUGUUGUCUACGAUGUGUUUCAAAAGUCAGCGCCAACCUCAAAACCUGCCGCUGUGCUCCUCGACUCAAUAACAAAAAUCUGGAAAAAAGGCCACGACGCUGUCGAUCGCCCUCUUUAUGACGAUCAGUCCAGCUUAUCCCGCGCCGAGCUCGAUCGCCUUGGCGGCGGCAAAACCCAUCUGAUAUCCAAGACGAGCCCUCGAUCCAGCGCCUCGCCACCGUCUGCCCAUUCCUCACCAUCAGAAGCCGAAUCAAGCGGCUCGUCCCAGCCGAGCAGACAAUUCACAUGGGAUGGACAGGGCGUCGGGUUCGAUAUACACCCGCGCAUCAUGCAAGACAUGCGCGUCUUUGACAAGUUUGAGCCAUCACCAUUCACUGCGGGCGGCUCUUUUGACUCGUCUGAGUCUUUCUUCCAGGCGAUGAGUGACGUGCAGUUUAGCGGGUCGAGUGUGUAUGGGGCGGAGAUUUAUAGUGGACAGCCGCAGGUGCUGAAUACGUUUCAUCCGGCGCACCCGUAUGGCGUGUCGAAUGGGAUACAGGAGGCGCCGGUGCUGGAUGCGGCGUGGCAGAGCUUUGUGGAGCAGCUGGGAUUUUGA